AUGUUCAAGACCAUCGUCACGGGCAGCACGCGCUUGCUUUCUCACGCGGCGCCUCUUCGGACUUCUGCGGCCAAAGCAGUUCCCGAUUUGGCGCCUUUGAAAUUCGACUCCAACGGCAGCUCCAGCUUGUACGCCAUUUGCAAGAUCCACAAUAUGCCCUACUUGGUUUCGAAAGGCGAUCGGUUGGUUUUGCCAUACAAGAUGAAGAACGUCAAGGUGGGCGAUGUGUUGAAACUCAACAACGUCACCAGUAUCGGGUCGAGAAACUUCACAUUCAACGACGACAAUGGCAUUCCGGAGCUGGCUUUCGAAUUGACGGCGACUUUGGCCGAGAUCACAAGAGAACCAAAGUACCAAGUAUACAAGAAGAAACAGAGAUGCAGAAGAUUGAAGACGGUGGAUGUUGAGCCGUACCAGACCCACUUGGUCAUCAGCGAGUUGAAGUUGAAGUGA